UGUAGAAAAACUGUGCUGUGUUUGGUCAUUGACGGCUUUUCGAGAGGCGUUCUAGGAAAUGAAAAAACAGAGACCAUUUUUUUAAACCCAGUUUUUUUUUUCCUCUUCUCAAAGCCCGUCCCAUUUUUGGGGUUCUUUUUUUUCCUCGCCAUUGUUGAAAAGGAGCUCUCUGUCUCUGUCUCUCUGUCGCUGUGAAUGAGCAUCCUCGCCGAGACAGUAACGGUCGGAAACGGCGAGGUGACAGAUCCCUGACGCCGUCACCGCCGAUUGCAAGCCCUCUUCCUCCGAUUUAAACGUUGAUCCGGCGGCGUGCAUUGACGGCAUUGGACUCUCUCUUUCUCUAUUUCCCUCUCGCCGCUCCCUCGCGCUGUCUCUGUCCCUGUCUCUGUCUCUCCCUCUCUGCUUGCGGCAUUAGCUCGGAAUUCCUGUAAAUCCAUCGCGAAGUUCGUCUCGAGCUCUGACGAUUCGGAUCGCUCGGAAUCUUCUUCCUCCAAAGUAACUGGUGGAUAAAAAGCUUGGGAUUGCUUAUAUAGCUUAUGGAUUACAGCUCACAGAAGAAAGGGGGGUUGGUUCCUAUUUCACCAUCACAGACUCCUCGUUCGAGUGAGAAAUACAACCGGGAUUUUAGAUCUGCUGAUAGCUUUAAUGGCAAGAAUGAUAAGGACAAAGGUGUGAAUGUUCAAGUCAUUCUGAGAUGCAGGCCUUUAAAUGAAGACGAGUUAAGGGUAAACACUCCAGUGGUGAUUUCCUGCAAUGAGCAUAAACGGGAAGUUUCUGCUUCCCAGAACAUAGCCAACAAGCUAAUUGAUCGGACAUUUGCAUUUGAUAAGGUGUUUGGUCCAGGAUCACAACAAAAGGAUCUGUAUAAUCAGGCCAUUGUUCCUAUUGUAAAUGAGGUUCUGGAAGGUUAUAAUUGCACAAUUUUUGCUUAUGGACAGACAGGCACAGGCAAAACAUAUACCAUGGAAGGAGGAAGCAAGAAAGCAAAGAAUGGAGAUUUCCCCAUUGAUGCUGGUGUUAUACCAAGGGCUGUCCGGCAAAUAUUUGAGAUACUGGAGGCUCAACAUGCUGAGUACAGCAUGAAAGUCACGUUUCUUGAAUUAUACAAUGAAGAAAUAACCGAUCUUCUGGCACCACCAGAUGAUUAUUUGAAGUUCAGUGAUGAGAAGCAAAAGAAACCAAUUGCUCUCAUGGAAGAUGGGAAGGGGGGUGUCUUUGUGAGGGGUUUGGAAGAAGAAAUAGUUUGCACUGCCAAUGAAAUAUAUAAAAUCCUGGAGAAAGGAUCUGCCAAACGUCGCACUGCAGAAACUCUUCUGAACAAGCAAAGCAGUCGAUCUCACUCUAUAUUUUCCAUUACUAUACACAUCAAAGAAAGCACUCCGGAGGGGGAAGAGCUAAUUAAAUGUGGAAAACUCAACCUAGUUGAUCUUGCUGGUUCAGAAAAUAUCUCCCGCUCUGGUGCUCGAGAGGGUAGAGCACGGGAAGCUGGUGAAAUCAAUAAAAGCUUGCUUACACUUGGCCGUGUAAUUAAUUCCCUUGUGGAACAUUCUGGUCAUGUUCCUUACAGAGAGAGCAAACUGACAAGGUUGCUUCGGGAUUCCUUGGGUGGUAAAACCAAAACUUGCAUAAUAGCCACCAUAUCUCCUUCCAUCCAUUGUUUAGAGGAGACUCUCAGCACACUUGAUUAUGCGCACCGUGCUAAGAACAUCAAGAACAGGCCAGAGGUUAACCAGAAAAUGAUGAAAUCAGCAAUGAUCAAGGACUUGUAUAGUGAAAUUGACCGCCUUAAACAAGAGGUAUAUGCUGCAAGGGAGAAAAAUGGAAUAUACAUUCCACGUGACCGUUACUUGCAAGAAGAAGCUGAAAAGAAGGCCAUGUCUGAGAAAAUAGAGAGGAUGGAACUCGAUCUAGAAGCAAAGGACAAGCAACUGGCUGGGCUUCAGGAACUUUAUGAUACUCAACAACAGUUGGUUGCAGACUUAACAGACAAACUUGAAAAAUGCCAGAGGAAGCUUGUAGAUAUAGAGCACGCUUUAUCUGACCUGGAAGAAAAAUACAAACAGGCAAAUGCUAUAAUCAAGGAAAAGGAAUAUUUGAUAUGUAACCUUCUCCGAUCAGAGAAAGCUCUUGUUGAACGUGCCAUCGAGCUUCGUACUGAAUUAGAGAAUGCAACAACAGAUGUGUCUGGCUUAUUUGCUAAGAUUGAGCGGAAAGACAAAAUAGAGGAAGGAAACAGAGUUCUGGUCCAAAAAUUCCAAGGCCAGUUGGUUCAACAGCUUGAGCUUUUGCACAAAACAGUUUCUGCUUCGGUUAUGCAACAGGAGCAACAACUAAAAGGACUGGAAGAAGAUAUGCAGGCCUUUGUGACUACUAAAGAUGAGGCAACAGAAGGGCUUCGUGAUAAGGUUGAAAAACUUAAGAUUAUCUAUGGCUCUGGGGUGAAAACAUUGGAUGAUUUAGCUGGUGAAUUGGACCAAAAUUCACACACAACUUUUGGAAGCUUAAAUUCACAAGUUUCUAUCCAUUCAAAUUCUUUAGAAGAUCUUCUUAAAAGAAUAACUGUGGAGGCAGAAGUAGUAUUGAACGAACUUCAAAAUGGCAUUUCUAAUCAAGAAAGAAAAUUGACUUCAUUUGUAGAGCAACAGCGUCAGGGGCAUUUUCGAACAGUUGAGGCUACAAGAUCUAUCUCAAAAAUUGCAGUUGACUUCUUUAAGACCUUAGACGUGCAUGCUUCCAAGAUAAGUCAACUUCUUGAAGAAACUCAAACUUGUCAGGACAAGAAGUUGUGUGAACUUGAAAAGAAGUUUGAGGAGUGUGCUGCAAAUGAGGAAAAGUUGGUGCUGGAAAAAGUGGCUGAAUUGCUGGCGAGUUCAAGUGCUAGGCAGAAGAAGCUGGUGCAAACCGCAGUCUUGAAUCUUCGCGAGAGUGCUGUGUCUAGAACUAAUGAGUUGCAAGAUGGAGUAUCAAGUAUUCAAGAGCUUACUUCGUCUAUUAAAGACCAGUGGACAACUUAUGAGGGCAAAACAGAAAAGUAUUAUGUUGAGGAUACUGCUGCAGUAGAGAUUGGAAAGCAUUCCCUGGAGGAAGGCCUCCAUGAAUGUAUGAAACAAACAAGAACGGCCAGAGAACAAUGGAGAAAUGCACAAGAUUCUUUAUUGAAUCUGGAUAAAGUCAAUGUCGAAGCAGUUGAUUCAAUAGUCAGAUCUGGUUUGGAAGCCAAUCAGGGUCUCCGCGCAAAGUUGUCUGCAGCUGCCUCCACCGUCUUGGAAGAUGUCAAUACUGAAAAUGAAAGUCUUAUUACAUCAAUCGACGAUGCACUGAAACUCGAUAAAGAUGCCUGUGUAAAUGUUGAUUCCACAAUCGUUCCCUGUUUUGGUGAAUUGAGGGAACUGAGAAGUUGCCACUUCCAUAAAACAGUGGAAAUAAAUGAGCAAGCUGGGAAGAGCCUACAACAAGAGUAUGCUGUGGAUGAACCAUCCUGCACAACUCCUAGGAGAAGGCCUUUCAAUUUGCCGAGCAUCACAUCCAUAGAGGAAUUGAGGACCCCUCCUUUUGAGGAACUGAUAAGAGCAUUUUGGGACACAAAAUCGAGGCUGCCGAAUGGGGAUGCCAAACAAUUGGUAGGGAUGCAUGAUGCUCAGUAUUUCCGAGAUUCUCGCGCUCCUCUAACUGCUAUAAAUUGAACAUCAAUAAAGCAGGAGCUACUACAGCAAGAAGGUUGAGCCCUUGCCUUUUCCCAAUUCAUCUUCGAAAACAAGAUGGCAUCUCUUAUGAUACCUUUGUACAGAUAUUGAGCUCGUGUAAGUAUUCAUUCAAUCUCUGUUUGUUCAGUAUGCUUCCUAGCAUAACCUCAGAAGGUAGAGAGGGCAUAUCGAUGCGAAUACUGAUUGUAUUCCUUUAUGUUGGAAUCCAAGAACCGGCGAGAUGAUGCUUGAAGCGCACAAAAAAAAAAAGAUUCCGUGAUAGAUUUUGAUUUAUUAUCAAGUAGAAUAAAAGAAGUUUGUGGUUAUUUUA